GGCUCCCAAAGUGCUGAGAUUACAGGUAUGAGCCACUCCACCCGGCCCCUGUUUUCUUUUAGAUACGUAGGAAAUGCUGUGGUUUGUUGUAAGAUAUCUUAAUAUUCUUAUUCCCAGGCUCUGAAACCUAAUGUGAAGGUUUAUGCUGCUGAACCCUUGAAUGCAGAUGACUGCUACCAGUCCAAACUGAAAGGGGAACUGAUGCCCAAUCUUUAUCCUCCAGAAACCAUAGCAGAUGGCGUCAAAUCCAGCAUUGGCUGGAACACGUGGCCUAUUAUCAGGGACCUUGUGGAUGAUGUCUUCACUGUCACAGAGGAUGAAAUUAAGCAUGCAACUCAGCUGGUGUGGGAGAGGAUGAAACUACUCAUUGAACCUACAGCUGGUGUUGGAGUGGCUGCUGUGCUGUCUCAACAUUUUCAAACUGUUUCCCCAGAAGUAAAGAACAUUUGUAUUGUGCUCAGUGGUGGAAAUGUAGACUUAACCUCUGUAGCUUGGGUGAAGCAGGCUGAAAGGCCAGCUUCUUCUGUUUCUGUUUAAUUUACAAAAAGGAAAUGGUGGGAAUCAGUGUUUUUAGAAACUGAGGACAUUUUGUUCCCUAGUCAUUGUCAACUUUUCAUCUUACCCUCUUAGUUAUCAGAUUCUUUAUGGGUAUUUCAGUAAGAUUUAAUACAGUUUUUUGGACUAAGUAGUAGAAAAACUUCCAUACUUAACUGAGACAUUUUGUCAAGGCCAAAAAAUGUCUUGCAAAAUGGGGUAGUGGACUGACAGGCCGAUGCAGAAAAUAAACUUUGCCCAUCACUACUUGUGCCUCCCAUCCCUGGAGUGCUGAUGGGCACCAGGAAGACAAAAUCUCUUUGAAUCCGUUACUCCAUUCCUCCUUGAGGCACUGUUGAAGAAAUCUCACUUUUCACCCAGGGUACUGGUUCUGGUACAUAUGGAUCAUAAGUCCAUUUGGGAAAGACUCGUUUAUAGAGGUUCAUCAGUACUGUGUCUUGAGAUUUUAGCUUCCCAUCAAAGCUGCAUUUCAUGUGGCCAUGGGUACCUAGAAAUAAAACAGAACAAGUUGGUCAAAUUAAAAGUAGAAAAUUUU